ACAGGUUUAUUCUACAAUGUAAGUUUUACCGACUGUUGUCAAGACAUUGAUGUUCUGUAAAUAAUUGCUACAUGUACCCAAUACAAAGCCGAUGGAAUCUUCUUAUACGAAAAGAAUCCCCAUUUCAGUUUGUCAGCCUGGGUCAUGGGGAGAUAACUGCGCGAGAACGUGUAGCGAGUAUUGCCUGGAGCAGCCGUGUAACGCUCAGACCGGCGCCUGUGAGGGAGGAUGUCAACCGGGGUACGCUGGGAAAUUUUGUGAGAGCGAGCUAAAGGUUACCGUUAAUCCGGUGGAUUACACGGGUGUGAUUAUCGGCUGUGUGGUGGGCGUGAUCCUGGCAGCUGCUCUCAUCACCGCUGUGGUACUCUACGUAAGAAGGCGUCAAUCUGGUCAGCCACAGGCAUCCGCGGUCUCUUCUGUGAGCACGAGUGUUACCCUGCAUGUCCCCCACUCUGAGGUACCCAACUGCACCCUAGAGCCAGGUACAGACCCCGUGACGUACUACAACAUGGUUGCCGAUGAGGAGCAUCCUUACGAGACUGUCCCUGAGAAGGAGUACGACAAGGUUCGGUUCUCCAGACUCGAAACCGACACCAACUCUACCAGUCUGACAUAA